CUGGGUAUGACCUAAUUCUCGGUUAUGUGAAAUAGCAUAGCAGUAUGGCGCAUUACCUGCAUAUUCAAAGGAGCGUUUUGAAUUUCUUGAUAACUGAAGGAAGGAUCUGAAUAGAAAAAGUAAAAGCCUAUCCACAAGUGGGAGGAGAUGAGCAAAAGAAACAAUUUCAUCAUGAAAUCAUCUGCACUAAAGUGAUAGAAGUGUCAUUAAUUCAUAUGAUCUUACUUAGCCUGUGUUUAUUUUUAUACAGUCGGUAUUUUUAAGAUCAGAAGUAGUUGAAGAAGAGGAAGGAAGCCACUUUAGAUUAUUGAAAUGCGUCCACAGUUCGUCUGGUGAUGUGCGCGAAGAAAGUAGGGAACCCAUAAAAUACUUUCGGACAUAGCCAACCUCGCUCAGAUCCUACAACGUGUGUUCGUGGACGGCACCCUCUAAACAUAACACGUGGUCAUCCUUCAACACAGUCCUCCUCAGCCCCUCCAUCUGGCGAUGAUGUCUUCCUCCCUGCCCUCGUUUAGAUUGAAUACUGGGGCUCAGAUGCCCCUCCUGGGCCUAGGAACAUACAGGCUGCAGGGUAAGCAAAUGCACCGGAGUGUUGACGCUGCACUCGGGGAAGGGUAUCGUGCCUUUGACACUGCUGCAGUGUACGGCAAUGAAGCAGACUUGGGCCAUGCCCUGUUGGACCUGAUGCCCAAACACAACCUGACCAGAGCAGACAUCUUCCUCAUCAGUAAGCUGUCCCCAGCGGACAUGGGCCCGAAGGCCAGAGAGGGCUGUGCUCGUAGCCUGGAGAGGCUGGGGCUAGGGGGAUACAUUGACCUGUACCUCAUCCACUGGCCUGGAACUGAGGGUCUGGAACCAGAGGAUGAGAGGAAUGCACAGCAUCGAGCCCACAGCUGGACUGUCUUUGAGGAGCUCCAUGCCAAUGGGAUGCUCAGAGCAAUUGGGGUCUCAAACUACUCUCCAAGGCACCUGAUAGAGCUGCUGGAGACCUGCAGGGUGCGCCCUGCCGUGCUGCAGGUGGAGUUCCAUCCCAGACUGGCACAGAGGGAGCUCAGGGGGAUUUGCAGGGACUCAGGAGUUUGCUUCCAAGCGUAUUCAUCCCUGGGGAAAGGUGCCCUGUUGUCGGAACCAGAAGUUGUUGCUAUGGCGAAGGGGCAUGGCAGAACUGCCUCCCAGGUGCUCUUGAGGUGGGCCACUCAGCAGGGUGUGGCUGUGUUACCCAGGUCCGCACGGCCCGAGAGGGUGAGAGAAAAUGGGCAGGUGUUUGACUUUGACCUGGAUGAAGGGGGAAUGGAGAGACUGUCUGACAUGGACAGUGGAACAAGGUUCUGCAAAAGAGAUCCCACUAGUGUGGUCUAGAGGGGAGACCCACACAACAAUAUACUUGAUCGGUCAUAGAACAUUGUGUUAAAUGUAAUUCUGAACUACAAACAACCUAUUAAUGAAAUGUAAUGUUUCAUUUACCAUAUUUAUGUUUAAGUCAUAGUUCCUUGAUUCU